GGCAACACCCAACCUCUCCCUACCAGGUACCGCCUGAAGAUGGCGCUGCAUAUCUUUGUACGAUGGUGAUGCCACAGAGGGCUGCGCGCGUGCACGAGCGUGUGCAUGUAGAAGGGGGGAGACAGAGCCACUCGUCUGCCUCCUCUCCGAUGGUGCUGCCUCUCGGCCGUCGCAGUGCUUUCGCCGCUCUCCUCCUCUCUCUGCCUUCCUUUCUCUCUCGCUUUCGUGCCCAGCGCCUCGCCUCGCCGCACCUCGCCUCUUCCUCCUCCACCUGCUCCUCUUCCUCACCCCCUUCCAUCUCUCUUCCACUCCCCUCUCGCAUGCCCCAGCCUCGCACCCCCGUCCAAGCAUCCCGGCAAAUGGUCGCUCCAUCCCCGGCAACUCCGGACGCAGGACACCGCGGAAAGGCGCACGGCUCCGUUGCCUUCUGAUCCGAGCACACUGCGGACUGGACUCGGAAGGAGAGGCGGACCACGCACGGGGAAGAGACACAAGGACAGUGGUCAGGAUCUAAUAUAGCAAUGCCGGUGCCAGACCAGCCUGCAGAGCAGGAGAAGGGGGCCAUGGUUCCCCCUGUGAUGCCAGCGUCCAACGGCGACAGAUCUGAGCCGGAGACGACCUCUUCCAUCCUCGCCUCUGUCAAAGAGCAGGAGCUUCAGUUUGAGCGGCUGACCAGGGAACUUGAGGCUGAGCGUCAGAUCGUUGCGACCCAGCUGGAGAGAUGCAAACUUGGAUCAGAGGCGGGCAGCAUGAGCAGCAUCAGUUCGACGGAUGAGCAAUUUCGCUGGAACGCUCAAGCGGAUGGACAGAAGGAUAUCGAGGAUGAGUUGACCACUGGUUUGGAGUUGGUGGAUUCCUGCAUUCGCUCCCUUCAGGAAUCAGGGAUACUGGACAGUGGAGAACGACCGGCUCUCCUUUCCCAGAGUUCCUUGCAGCUCAACUCCACCCCGGAGGCUUCGCUCCAGUACUCUGCCAGCUACCAUAGCAACCAGACCCUCGCCCUUAGCGACAGCAUCUCCGCAGCAACUCCUCAGCGCAGCGGGCAGGUUGGAGGAGCUGUGCACAGCUACAACCAGGUGACAUCGAGCCGUGCUGCCCAGCAACAGCAAUCACAAAGCGGGGCGGGAUCAGGUAUCUACUACUCCAGCUCCACCUUGCCCGCCCAGCGUGUCAGUUCUCCUCUGUCUGGAGGAAGAGGAGGCUCAGGGUCCGGUUCUCCCAGCAAGCUUCAGCGCCUGGGAUCAGCCUCCGAUGCGCCUGGGUACGCCACCACUGAACGUCUGCCUUCCUCCUCCUCUCCCAACAAACAGUCUCCUGGUAAUCGACUGGCCAAGUCUUACAGCACCACUGUUGCCGUGACAACAGCAGGAGGGGUCGGGUCUCCCCUGAGGGUGGCAUCUCCACCCAACUCCACAGCAGCGGGGGGAGGGGCCAGCUCAUCAUCAUCACCUCUUCACCAGAUGAGUUCAGGCAUAGGGAGCUAUGCGACUCUGUCUCCCAAAAGACUGGCAUCUCACCACGCCUCCGACCAGUACAAGAUCUCCCAUGAGCUCUACGCUACCGCUACGCUACAGAGACCUGGCAGUCUAGCAGGCUCUCGUGGCUCCUACAGUAGUCAGCAUAGUCAGGAGCCACUUCGGCCUUUGGGGUCCCCAGAACAUCACAUAGAUCCCAUCUAUGAAGAACGUGUCUAUCACAACAAGGGCCCCAUGAGGAGCCUCAGCCAGAGCCAGGGGCCGGACACAGGCCCCUAUCGCAACAACACCGCUCCCUCCUCCCCUGGUGUCGACUCCGCCCCUUUGCAGCGCACAGCCAGUCACAGCACUGGGACAGGAAACUACAGCCGAGGCGGGACCAACAACUAUGCCACAGUGGGGCCGGGCUACACCUCAAGCGGCGGCAGCGACGUGUACGGCUCGGACCCCUACGUGGCCGACCCCUACCGCACCCUGCAGUACUGCCCCUCGGUGGUGGAAUCACCCUACAGCAAGUCUGGACCAGUCCUACCGCCUGAAGGCAGCCUGCAGCGCUCACCUUCCAUCGACUCUAUUCAGAAAGACCCAAGAGAAUUCGGGUGGAGAGAUCCGGAGCUGCCAGAGGUGAUCCAGAUGUUACAGCACCAGUUCCCAUCGGUGCAGUCCAAUGCAGCAGCCUACCUACAGCACCUCUGCUUCGGAGACAACAAGAUCAAAGCUGAGAUCCGUAGACAGGGAGGCAUUCAGCUGCUGGUCGACCUCCUAGACCACAGGAUGAGCGAGGUGCACCGCAGCGCCUGCGGAGCCCUGAGGAACCUGGUGUACGGCAAAGCCAACGACGAGAACAAAGUAGCUCUGAAGAACUGCGGGGGCAUUCCUGCACUGGUCCGCCUGCUGAGGAAGACUGGAGACGUGGAGAUCAGAGAGCUGGUCACAGGUGUUCUAUGGAACCUCUCGUCAUGUGAUGCUCUGAAGAUGCCAAUCAUUCAGGACGCCCUGGCUGUUCUGACCAACAGCGUCAUCAUACCGCACUCUAACUGGGACUCUUCCCCCAAUCACCAUGAUGACCGCAAGCUCCACCUCCACACCUCGCAGGUGCUGCGCAACGCUACCGGCUGCCUCAGGAAUGUAAGCUCUGCAGGUGAGGAGGCAAGACGAAGGAUGAGGGAGUGUGACGGCCUGACAGACGCUCUGCUCUACGUCAUUCAGAUCUCACUGGGCAGCGGCGAGAUCGACAGCAAGACCGUCGAGAACUGCGUUUGCAUCCUGAGGAACCUGUCGUACCGCUUGGCUGCCGAGACUUCCCACGGCCAGCAGGGGGGGCUGGAGGAGCUGGACAGCCUGCUCUGGGACGCCAGCGGUCGCGACGGAGAGAGCUCAGGAUGCUGGGGCAAGAAGAAGAAGAAAAAGAAGGGGGUUGACCAGUGGGAUGGCGUGGGCCCGUUUCCAGACACGGCGGAGCCUCCAAAAGGGGUUCAGAUGCUGUGGCACCCGACCAUCGUCAAGCCCUACCUCACCCUGCUGUCUGAAUGCUCAAAUCCCGACACAUUGGAGGGAGCAGCCGGGGCUCUGCAGAACCUGGCUGCAGGCAGUUGGAAGUGGUCGGUGUACAUCCGGGCUGCUGUGCGUAAAGAGAAAGGCCUUCCCAUCCUGGUGGAGUUACUGAGGAUAGACAAUGACAAAGUGGUGUGUGCCGUGGCCACCGCACUCAGAAAUAUGGCCCUGGACAUAAGGAACAAGGAGCUCAUUGGUAAAUAUGCCAUGAGAGAUCUGAUCCAUCGGUUACCAGGCAGUAGCAGUAGCAGCAACAAUAACGCCACCAGCAGUGGGACCUCUGGAACCACAGGCCCUCCCAGCAAGGCCAUGUCGGACGACACGGUAACUGCCAUAUGCUGCGCGCUGCAUGAAGUCAUCACCAAGAACAUGGAGAACGCCAAAGCUCUGCGCGAUGCGGGCGGCAUCGAAAAACUCAUCGGCAUCGCCCGCAGCAAAGGAGACAAACACUCAGCGAAGGUGGUGAAGGCAGCCUCUCAGGUCCUCAGCAGUAUGUGGCAGUACAGAGACCUACGCUCCCUCUACAAGAAGGAUGGAUACUCCCAGUAUCACUUCGUAGGCUCUGCCUCAACGAUAGAGCGAGACAGACAGAGGCCCUACUCCUCCUCUCGAACUCCAUCCGUCUCCCCCGUCAGGACGUCCCCAAAUAACCGCUCUGCGAGCGCACCAGCCUCCCCCAGAGAGAUGAUGUGUCUGAAGGAACGUAAGAUGGACUACGAUUCCACGGCAACCAACGCUGGUUUCCAUAGCAACAAAGGAGAGCACACAUCCCGGAAAGACGGCAUGUCAGUUCAAGUAUCAUGUGGGACGUCUACAUUGUUCCGAAACUCUUACCUGACUGCCAGUGAUGAUAUCAAGCAAAACCAGACUCCAGCCCAGCCCUGCGUUGUGCCCCCCCAGCCCCAGCAGGACAGCCCGUCAGCAGCCGUGCUAAAAGACUACGACCCCUACCCCGCCCCUCCUUCCUUCCCGCAGCCUCCGCAGCCUCCACCUCACAGCCAGAGCCGCAGCUUCGACGAGGCCUACUACGAGGACCAGGGGCCGCCGCCUCCUCCGUCCCAGCCACAGCCGCAGAUACAAGUGCAGGUGCAGGCUCAGCCUCAGGCCCAACCCCAGCAGCCUCCGAGCUCAACCGGGCCGCCCCGGGACCCACGGGAAGACCUGCGCAUGCAUCUGGGCCUCAAAUCCACCGGUAACUACGUGGACUUCUACUCAGCCUCUCGGCCGUACAGCGAACUGAACUAUGAGACCAGCCACUACCCAGCCUCGCCUGACUCCUGGGUCUAGCCAGAUCAGAUAGGGGAGGGGGGCAAGAGAGAGUCUGUGUAUGCUCGUGUGAAAGGGAUUAUUUUUUACAAGCGAUCAACAGCAGAUGAACCGAAGGUGACAGCGUAUUGAAAAGGUAUCUUGUAGCCAAUGGCAGGAAAUUAGUGCUCCUUUAAAAUAGGGUUAAAGACUGAUUUGGAAGUCAGGUGGAGUGACAAUGAGAGUCUGUGCAUGUGCAUGCCAACAUUUUCCUUUUCUUUUUAAGACCACUUUAUUUCUUCAAACUCAGCUCCAUUGUAACGUCAAGUGGAUAAGGAGCAAGUGGGAGUAGAUAUGAAGUGUGAGAGACAAGUGGGCCGUGGAAAACAGAGAGAUAACGACCAGGCACAGAGAGUACACAAGGCCUGGAGAGGAGGACAGCGAUGGGAUGGAGAAAUAAUGGGAAGCAGAUGACUAUAGAAAUGAGAAGACCAUUUUGAUAAAGAUAGAGGGAGGCAGAGAGGAGAGGCAAAGAUGGCAUCAGGGUUCUCGAGGAGGUCCGGAAGAAUAAAAGCACAGAGGAAGAUGAAAGCACAUCAGACAUAAGACAAGUCAUGGAUGUUUACCAUUUCACCCGAGUGACAAAACGUAGCACUGCUUUUAUCCCCCGUCGUUUUGUUCCGAUGGCCUUGCUGCCUACAGAGACUUCUGAAUUUGUUUUCAAGGAAUGUCAUCCUCAAGAGACUUCUUUUAUCUCAUC